GCCAUGUAGACUUUGAUGACUUCGUGGAACUGAUGGGGCCCAAGCUGCUGGCAGAGACAGCCGACAUGAUUGGGGUCAAGGAGCUGCGGGAUGCCUUCAGGGAGUUUGACACCAACGGAGAUGGAGAAAUCAGCACCAACGAACUGCGAGAAGCUAUGAGGAAGCUCCUCGGGCAGCAAGUGGGACACCGAGACAUAGAGGACAUCAUACGGGAUGUUGACCUGAAUGGAGAUGGGCGAGUGGACUUCGAAGAGUUUGUCAGGAUGAUGUCUCGCUGAAGACAGCUCUUGAGCUGAGCGGUGACCCAGCCCUGGAGGGUAGAAAAGGGCCACGUGUGGCGCGCCAUGCUCUGAGCUCCUAUGCAAUGCCGGCUGCCCCAUCGACGGUGUGCCGCAGUGACCUGCCUCACUCCUCCACCUGGCCUGAUGCUCCUUCCCUCUCCACACUGUGAACGAUUCGGGGUCUCCUGCAUUCGAAGCGCUGCCGGGAGAGGUGGGCAGCCGUGCCCCUGCCCAAAGCAGCCACAGAGGGCUGGACGUCAUCGAGGCCUCCUUUUCCAACGCCUCGCCUGCUUUUGCUCUUCCAGCCAACCCUGCAAAAUGACGAGAACGGGGGGGGGCUGGAUGCAGGGCCCCCCCGGGACCAGUGCCUGAUGUGGACUGUGCUGUCUGGACUUCUGUUCCUUGGCCAAGGCACCUUGUGCGAAUGCCUCCUUCCAUCUCCUCUGUGUCGCCUUGAUUUUUGCCUCUGGAAUGUUUUUCUGUCUCCCUACAGUCCUGUUAAGGGGCACCGAUAUGUGUUUGCGCAGAAAA